UGACGCGGCUAACGGCUGGUCACCGACAGUUACCGGAGAGGACCGGGACCGGUUCUGAGGUUCUGAGGUUCUCUCAUGCUGCUCGACGGAACGACACGCUGCUAGAAGCUGCUCGUGCACGCGCACAGUCUCCAUGGCGACGGAAGAGUUCUACGAGGUGGAGCGGAUCGUGGACAAGAGGAAGAACAAGAAGGGGAAGGUGGAGUACCUGGUCCGGUGGAGAGGUUACGGUUCAGAGGGGGACACCUGGGAGCCCGAGACUCACCUGUCCACCUGUAUGAUCUACGUCAACGACUUUAACCGUCAGCACGCUGAGUGGCAGAGAGACACCACGUUACUGCGCUCCACCCGCAGCCUGCCCAGCCACCGCUGCAGCCCCGCCCACAGACCGCCCUGCAGGCAGUUGCCCGACGCCGCGGCUCGCAGUGACAUCAGCAGUGACAUCAUCACAGGUUUACCUGGAGGCUGUGACCAGGUGAAACCUGCCUUUGGCCCGGCUCACCUGUCCCCUGUUGGACUUACCUGUCCGGCCUCCGUCAGCUCGCAGCCUUCUUCAGACGGCCGGUUCAGCAGCAUUCUGAUGUCGGCUUCUACGGCUGGCUCGGCCCGCCGCAGCGUAGACCUGUCCAAGACCGGCAUCAAGAUCCUGGUCCCUAAGAGUCCCAUGAAAAGCUGCCUGGACUCGGAGGACUCUCCCAGCGAGGCGGCUCACAGUCUGGAGGCAGGAGCUCAGGACGCUCACCUGGUCCCACCUGAGGUAGCCUUGCUGGAGAAACCUGUAGGGGUCCAGCUGGGACCCGGAGAGGAAAGGGCCCGCAUGGGGACAAGACCACGUGGCCAAAACCCCCUGCCCCCGCCCCAAGUACCUGUCACACCAGCCGCCAUGCGCUCCCUCAGCGGCACAGGUAACUCAGCAUUGAUGGAGGCUGUAGCUGCCAAUGGGAUGUCAGGUGUGCAGAGUGCUGUUACCGGGGCGACCAGUGCGACAGGGAAGCGUCGUCUGGAGGAACGCUCUGCUUUCGACAAACGUCUGAGGUUCAGUGUCCGUCAAACGGAGAGCGCUUACCGUUACCGUGACAUUGUUGUGAAGAAACAAGAUGGCUUCACUCACAUCCUGCUGUCAACCAAGAGCUCCGAGAACAACACACUCAAUCCUGAGGUGAUGAAGGAGAUCCAGAGUGCCAUGGCGACAGCAGCAUCAGAUGACAGCAAGCUGGUGUUACUCGGCGCCGUUGGAAGCGUUUUCUGCUGUGGCCUGGACUUCCUGUACUUCAUCAGACGGCUGACGGAGGACAGGAAGAAGGAGAGCAUCAAGAUGGCUGAAACCAUCAGGACCUUCGUUAACACCUUCAUCCAGUUUAGGAAGCCGAUUGUGGCGGCGGUUAAUGGGCCUGCGCACGGCCUCGGUGCUGCCAUCCUGCCUCUUUGUGACGUGGUGUGGGCCAAUGAGAAGGCCUGGUUCCAGACGCCAUACGCGUCCUACGGCCAGACGCCGGACGCCUGUUCUUCCUUCACCUUCCCCCACAUCAUGGGCCUCGCCUCGGCUAACGAGCUGCUUCUGAGUGGCAGGAAGUUGACGGCUCAGGAGGCGUGUUCUAAAGGGCUGGUGUCUCAGGUUCUCUGGCCGGGAACCUUCACACAGGAAGUGAUGCUGCGAGUCAAAGAACUGGUGACGGUCGACCCACAGGUUCUGCGGGAGUCUAAAGCCCUGAUGAGGAACACCAGCCGCAGUGCUCUGGAGCAAGCUAACGAGCGGGAGUGUGAAGCCCUGAAGAGGGUCUGGGGCUCAUUGCAGGGAACCGACUCCAUCCUGCAGUACCUGCAGAGGAGCACCGAGCUCUGCUAGAACCUGGACCAGGGCCUGAACCAGGACCUAAACCAGGAACAGCAAAGACUGGAGCUGAACGUUUCCUCCUUUUGUUGUAAACAUUUAAGUUAUAAUUUCAGCAGAAUGAUGAGACAUUUCUGUAUCCUCUGGUUCUAGCUCUCCUCCACAGUUUACUCCCCUGUGGGGUUCCACAGGGUUCCAUCCUGGGUCCUCUGCUGGGUAGUACCAUCAGGACCAUCACAGAUUAACAUUUGUGACAUUGGUUUGUGUUUAAAUGGCGGACGACCAAACUGGGACAUUGAAAUGUGUCAGGUUGAACAGAACCUGAACAGACCUCCUCAGGGAGAAACCAGCUCCUACAAGACAGAGUUCUGCUUCCAGUUUCCCCCUGCUUCCAGUCUUUGUGCUAAGCUAUGCUAACAGUUCCGGGCCGACUGACGAAAACCAGAGGAUUUAUAAAAUGUUGGACUGUGCCUUUAAAUGGAGGUCACCUUUGACCUUCUCCCAGAUAUGUCUCUGAUGAAUAUCUGCCAGGAGGAAUAACAGGAAGUGGAUAUGAACCGACACUGACCUCCAUGGUUUUUGGACCGGACCAUCAGAAGACGGGUCCUCAGCUGUCUGUAGUGAGUUCUGCUGCAGCGCCACCUUCAGGACAUCAACUCUGAGGCCUGUAGGGGGCGCUGACACACUCUGAAUCAGUUGAUCAGCAGUUUAACUGAUGAAUUAUGGGUAAAUAUUGACACCUGAGAGGAAACUGUGACGUUGCAUAAUGUGGGUGUGGCUUGUGAUUCAUGUGAUCAUGGAUGUGUGAGCUGACUGAACUGUGAUCCAGAUCUGGACCUGAGGGGAUUGUUAUUAAUCGUACUUUGCUCUCAUGUGUAAAAUUAAAGCC